CUCCCCAUCAGGCCCGUAGGAGCUGUCACUGCGCAGUGAAAGAUCAGGAGUGAGUUACUGAUGGAUAAACAAGCUCCAAAGCGUAAAGGAGGUGCACAAAAACUUAGGGAUAAAAAAAUGAAAGCACUUGAGGAAGGUUCAGCAAAAUCAAAAAAAAUUACAGACUUUUCGUUUGGUCCUGCAGCUGGUUCUAGUUGUAGUACAACCACCACCGGAGAAGCUGAUGUAACGUUAGCCGACACAGCGGCCAUUCCCAGUGGCAGUGAGUCCAGCAAUGAAACUGACACAGCACAGCGGCAUCUAGAGCCCAGUACCAGCAGUGAUAUGAUGAGUGUCCUACCAGAGGAUGAACAUCUGGGAGAAGGAGAGCAAAGACCCAAGACACAGACGUCUCGCCCCGAUUGGAGAGACACGCUGGUGGUCCAAAGACGUUGCUGUGACUAAGGUAUUUGGCUCUUUUGGAAAGCCAGAUAAUGCCCUGUAUGUUGAUGUCCUUCAUACCCUCUCCGCCAUUCAACAUGGACAGACCAUCAACGCCACUGCACGGGUCAAUGCACGUGGAUACAUCACCCAGCUUCUGAGGUAUGAAACAAUACUUACAGCUCAGAUCUUCCUGAGAAUUUUCCAGGUCACCUCACCAGUCUCAAAAUACCUUCAGAAAAGUGGAAUGGACAUCCUGACAGCUCAUCGGAUGAUUGUGGCUGCAGAAACACAGCUGAAAGAUAUGACCAGAGACUUCGAGAAAGUCAAGACGGCGGCCGCCACAUUCGUCCAGUGGGCCAACAAUCAAACAGAGGAGCAGAGUGAGGAGACUGAGCUGGAGGUUGAGGCCGCUCUGCCACAGAAACGGGGUAGAAAGAAGAAAACCAUGCCUGGAGAGAUGUCCAAGGAUGAGGCUGUGACUGAUGCUGAAACAUCAUACAAGAUUGAUGUCCAUAAUCAAAUCAUGGACACAGUCACAGGAAGCAUGCACCAGCGCUUCCUCAAAAAUGGCACUUUGUAUGCUGAUUUGGCACUUCUGGACCCAAAAAGAUUCAGCCAGGUAACAUCUUAUGCCGGUGGUUUCCCAGAGGCAGCACUCCAAGAAUUAAGCAAGUGCUUGCUGCCAUUUGAUGACAGAGCAACGGUGGCCAAAUUACAGAGUGAGCUCAUCAGUCUGGCAGGACAGUGGAAUAGGUUGAAGACAUCUGUAUUUGAGGAAUACACAACCAAGACAACAGAGGCUGGGCCAGAGGAUGCUGAAGAUGAAGCGGAGAUGGUAUAUAAAAAGUGCUCAUCUUGCAAGGACUGCCCAUUGUGUUGCUACCGUAUCCUUAAGCAGUACAACCUCCUGACAGAUGCAUACCACAUCAUUGGCCUUGCAUACAGGUUCCUGCUUACCCUGUCUGUCAUACAGAUGUUUUGA